AUGUCGCUUCGACUUCGCCUCUUGUCGACCCUUCUGGUCGCCUUCAACCCGGUAUGGGCAACCGGCGCAGGCGAAGAAGUUGCCGCGACGGAUCCAAUUUUGGGGACCGACACCGUCCACGGAUGCUACUCGUCCCUGGGAUCCUUGGUCAAGAACGCGACCAUUGAAUUCAACAGCCAGGGCUCAUGCGCGGAAGCCUGCCGAUCCAUGGGCAAAUAUGUUGGCGCCAGUAAUGCAAAUGAUUGCUAUUGCGGCGACAAAUACCCUCCAUUAAACACUCUGGUCGAUGACAGCGAGUGCACUGAACCUUGCCCGGGUUUUGGUGCCCAAGCUUGCGGCGGUAUCGACACAUACACCGUAUACAACACCGGUGUCAAGGUCUCAGUUGCUGAUUCCGCAAAUCUGACUACAUCAUCCUCCUCCUCUUCGGUCGGUACUACUUCGACAACAGCUGCUGCUGUCGUGACUGUUACCAAUGGCGAGACCACAACUGUACCAACAGAGACACCACCGAGCGAAAAGUCUAGUGGCACAAACACUGUCAGCGUGGCCGUUGGGGUCGUGGUCGGAGUUGUGGCCAUUAUCGGCGUUGGUGGAGGCAUCUUUCUCUGGAUGCGUCGCAAGAGAAAUCAGGAAAUCGAAGACGAGCACCGACGGAACGCAGCAGUUAACGCCUUCAUUGCCGGCGGAGGCAAGCCCCCAGGCAGUAGUGGUGGUCUUUCCAUUUCCGAUCAGCGUCUCGACCCGGUCAUGGCCCAGAGGCGAAUGAGCAGCGGCAGUAUCGCUGACAACGAGGACUACUCGCGCAGGAUCUUGAGAGUAUGUAAUUCUGAUAUAACGCCCGUCCCAAGUUCAUGGUCUAACAAACAAAAUAGGUCACCAACGCAUGAAUACCGCCUAUGGCAUCACAUCGAUCAAUCACGACGAACGAAUGAUUGCAACUUUAUACACUAUUUUUUUUGA